AUGGUGCGGCUGUACAGGAUCUGUGAGGCGACAGGUGUGCACAGGUGUGUCCUGACCCCACCCAGGUGUGCCCAGGUGAGUCCUGACCACACCCAGGUGUGUCCUGACCACACCCAGGUGUGCCUUGGCCCCACCCAGGUGUGCCCAGGUGUGUCUCUGACUCAUCCAGGUGAGUCCCUGCCUCCCUUCCCCCCAUUCAGGUGUGUCCAGGUGAGUCCUGACCACACCCAGGUGUGUCCUGACCACACCCAGGUGUGCCUUGGCCCCACCCAGGUGUGCCCAGGUGUGUCUCUGACUCAUCCAGGUGAGUCCCUGCCUCCCUUCCCCCCAUUCAGGUGUGUCCAGGUGAGUCCUGACCACACCCAGGUGUGUCCUGACCACACCCAGGUGUGCCUUGGCCCCACCCAGGUGUGCCCAGGUGUGUCUCUGACUCAUCCAGGUGAGUCCCUGCCUCCCUUCCCCCCAUUCAGGUGUGUCCAGGUGAGUCCUGACCACACCCAGGUGUGUCCUGACCACACCCAGGUGUGCCUUGGCCCCACCCAGGUGUGCCCAGGUGUGUCUCUGACUCAUCCAGGUGAGUCCCUGCCUCCCUUCCCCCCAUUCAGGUGUGUCCAGGUGAGUCCUGACCACACCCAGGUGUGUCCUGACCACACCCAGGUGUGCCUUGGCCCCACCCAGGUGUGCCCAGGUGUGUCUCUGACUCAUCCAGGUGAGUCCCUGCCUCCCUUCCCCCCAUUCAGGUGUGUCCAGGUGAGUCCUGACCACACCCAGGUGUGUCCUGACCACACCCAGGUGUGCCUUGGCCCCACCCAGGUGUGCCCAGGUGUGUCUCUGACUCAUCCAGGUGAGUCCCUGCCUCCCUUCCCCCCAUUCAGGUGUGUCCAGGUGAGUCCUGACCACACCCAGGUGUGUCCUGACCACACCCAGGUGUGCCUUGGCCCCACCCAGGUGUGCCCAGGUGUGUCUCUGACUCAUCCAGGUGAGUCCCUGCCUCCCUUCCCCCCAUUCAGGUGCCCUGGGAGUGGGGGUCGGUGUUCUGCAUGA